ACAUUGUUAGCGGCCAAACUUCAGAAUCUCUAGCCUUGUACAGAAUGUACACUGUAAACUGUACAGUACAUCAGGAUAUCAAGAGAACAUGUCGAUUGAGAUCGAGUCAGCUGAUGUUGUCAGAUUAAUCCAGCAGUAUUUGAAGGAGUCUAAUCUAACAAGGACCCUACAGGUUGUUAUUGAGCUGAUUGAGCUACGUGAGCUAGGAGCUGCAAGAUCACUGCUCCGUCAAACAGAUCCGAUGAUUGUUAUGAAGCAGAGUGAACCGGAGAGAUAUCUGCAUUUAGAGAAUCUAUUGGCUCGUUCCUAUUUUGACCCUCGCGAGGCGUAUCCUGAGGGAGGAAGUAAAGAGAAGAGGAGAGCGGCUAUUGCUCAAUCACUCGCUGGAGAGGUGAGUGUUGUCCCACCUAGUCGUCUUCUCGCCCUGCUGGGCCAAGCUCUCAAGUGGCAACAACACCAGGGUCUUCUUCCCCCCGGUACACAGAUUGAUUUGUUCCGUGGUAAGGCCGCCAUGAGGGAACAGGAGGAUGAGAAGUAUCCAACACAGCUCUCUAAACAGAUAAAGUUUGGAAGUAAAUCUCACAUUGAGUCCGCAGCAUUCAGUCCUGACGGUCAAUAUCUGAUCUCUGGGUCUGUCGAUGGAUUUAUUGAGGUUUGGAACUUUACAACUGGUAAAAUGCGUAAGGACUUAAAGUACCAGGCCAACGAUAACUUUAUGCUCAUGGAGGAUGCCGUCCUUGCCUUGGGUUUUAGCAGAGACAGCGAGAUGCUGGCUUCGGGAAGUGAGGGUGGACAGCUAACGGUUUGGAGGAUUAGCACCGGACAGAUGCUUAGAAAGUUUGAGAAAGCGCACAGCAAAGGAAUAACUAGCGUACAGUUCAGCAAGGACAACUCACAGCUGGUAUCUGCUAGUUUUGAUAUGACAAUUCAUAUUCAUGGUCUCAAGUCAGGGAAAACAUUGAAGGAAUUUCGAGGUCACACAUCCUACGUCAACUGCGUCACGUUCUCCCCUGACGGUCACCAGCUAAUCAGUGCGUCAUCUGAUGGUACUGUCAAGGUUUGGAACAUCAAGUCUACAGAGUGCGUCAAUACCUUCAAAUCUUUAGGUGGCGCUACCGGCGGAGAUGUUCAUAUUAACAGUGUUCAUCCUCUACCAAGAAACCAGGAUCAGAUGGUCGUCUGUAACAGAACAAACACUGUCGUCAUUAUGAACAUGCAGGGUCAGAUUGUGAGAUCAUUUACAUCUGGUAAAAGGGAGGGAGGAGAUUUUAUUUGCUGCACUCUCUCUCCUAGGGGAGAAUGGAUCUAUUGUGUGGGUGAGGAUUAUAUACUAUACUGCUUCUCAUCUGUAACUGGAAAAUUAGAAAGAACACUCAACGUGCAUGAGAAGGAUGUUAUUGGGUUGACCCAUCACCCUCACCAGAACCUGCUGGCUACAUACUCAGAGGAUGGUUUACUCAGAAUAUGGAAACCUUAGAUGUGUUUCAUGCAACCUCAAACUGCCAGCGACUGUC